AUGUUGUUCAGGAUUGUGUUGGCAGCAGAUGACAUCAGGAAGUUGGUGAUUGAUGAGCUGCCAGAAAGCGUUGAAGACCUAAAGUCAAUUUUGGUGUCUAAACUUAAUCUGGAUGGCGAGUUUGUGCUACAAUAUGAAGACCCAGAUUUCCAGAAUGAUUUGGUCAAUCUUACAAGUCUAACAGAUUUGCCUAAGGAGAGAGCAACACUGAAGAUUGUGCAGAAGUCCUUACCAAACGAACAGUUUAAUGGCAGCAGUAACCAGGACACUGCUAGCCUGACAUCUGCGUCAUCACCAUUGGGGUCAGGUACACCAACUCAAACAAAGAGCUGGCCUGAUCCUUUCAUCAUUCCAAGUUUUUCUUAUGAUGCAGAACUGAAGCUCCGGCGAGCAAAUGAUGCACACGAAAAAGACGGUUCCCUUUUGGAUGUUACAAAAGAGCUUAAAACUGAAAUCCUGAACAAACUUGCAGAAGUUAUAUUCAACUUAAAUCCAUACCCAACACGGGAACAAAUUGAAAGUGUUUCAGAAGCCUUGGUUAAAAAACAUCCUUGCUUAAAAGAGCCGGGGUCAUCAUGUGGUUGGUACUGCUGGAAGUACAGUCUGAGUUUUAAAAUGGGGAACUUUAGGCAGAAGCUACGUGUAGCAGGCUGCCCAACAGUGUCAUUGUCUACAAAUGGUGCAGGUAAAAAACAACUCAAGAAGCCGAGGCGGUCCGAAACCAAUUUUCUGCCCGACAUGCCUGAUGGUGAAACCAGCAGCUCCCUCGAAGAGGAAAGGAAAGCUCUGCUGAUAGAAGUUACCAAGAAGAACCCAAAUAAUAAAUUCAUUGAUGCUGCCAUGGCAAGAACAUAUGCACUAAGGAGAAAAGAGAUAAUUGAACAGGAGCCUCUAGUGAGUGACAUUCAAACAAGAUGGCCAGCACUAUUCACAGAGAGACAGAUUGUUGCUGAAUUUAGCCGCCUGUUGUCUGCUGACCUUAUGAGGUCCUUCUAUGGGGGCCUAGAUGAACUUCUCCCAAGGUUUUUGGAGCUGUACAAAAACAUGGACCAAGAUAGUGCACUGCUAAAUAAAAUUCUUCAAUGGCUAGGUGCUGAUGACUCAAACCAGAACAAGCGAACUGCAGUCCUCCUUGGCUUGCCACACUGUCUUCGGGAAAACUCCACCAGUUUUUUAAAGACUUGUGAGCCAACCAGUGAAAUUGAGGAUGUUACGAAAGGAAAUAAAGUGGGCAUUCUGAUUGUAACGGAGCAGCAGCAGUGUGAUGUGCUUCCCACAGAAAUAAUCGACAUCACUCUUGUUUUGGAAGAACAUCUUGUCGUCACAGACAUAUCCAGUGUCCCCAACGCAUUUGCACUAUUAAUGGGUCUUUUUUAUGUGGUGAACAUCGAGUACCCUAAGCACAUGAAAUAUACUUUUGAGGCUCUACAAAAACUUGUCAUGAACAUUGGUGGGAGCAGCUGUUCAUCACGUGUUCAUGGACUCCGCAACAAGCUCUUUCGUAAAAAGUAGCUCUCUUUUUUUCUACAAAGAGUUUUAGGCUCUUUUGUGCUUUUGCUAGUUUUUAGAACACCGAUUUAGAAUUUGUCAUGUUAUGACUUCGAUGAAUGUUUCAAGUCUCCUUUUCUUAAAUGGUAAUGUAGCAUUUACCUUAAAGUGCUUUCCUCUUCCUGUUUCUUAUUUUAUGAAAACUAAAUUGCAUUACAUUUUCAAGGUUAAUCUGUUUACACUUGUCAUGUUGUUGUGCUAUGAAAUUUAUAAUCUGUUUUGUGCAUUUUAUUGUAUCUGUUGCAAUGAAUGGUAAUGUAACAUUUAGAAUUUGUCAUGUUAUGAGAUUUAAAAAGUGUUCAUUGUUUUUAAUGCACUUUUUUUGCAGGGUUUUUUUGUGCCUUGCGUAACUUUUAGAAUGCACAUUAAAAGUUUGUAACGAGUUGUGAAUGUUCUACACAUCUGACAGUGCAGUAUUGAUCAUUCAACUUGAGUUUUUCCAUUGAGAAAAAGUUCUCCCAUUUUGACCAGUAACUUGGACUGUGGUGGGGGGGAGUAUAUGUAAAAUUUAGUUAAUAUGCAAUGUUUAAUCUGAUGUCAUUCAGGUAUGAAAUGUGAAAUGGUCCAUGUGGUUUUGACGUGACAAUGUAGUUAAUUCUCAGGCCCAUGCCAAGGUCAUCCAAUAUACAGCACCCUUUAAAAAGUCUGUUUUUAUGUACAAAUGUUUGUAUUUUUCAAUUGUAAAUUCGUUGACCGCAAAUUGCUUGUUGAAUUCUAAAUAAA